AUGUCCAGCUACCGCUCCUAUCAACAAGUUAUAAGGCUUAAUCCUCGUUUAACCAAGAGUUCUCUCAAGCAGUGCUCCCCUGAUUUUGAGCACAGUCAUGAUCACCCCGUCUCCGCUUCCGAAUCUGGCUCUGUGUUAUCCCAAAAUGAUCCAUGUCAUAUGGCAAAGGAAAAGAAGAAAAUCACGAGAACGAAAACCGGUUGCUUCUGCUGCAGAAGAAGAAAGAAGAAGUGUGACGAACACAAACCAGCGUGCUCCGGUUGCCUAAGGAACAACCUUAAAUGUGUUUAUCCUUCAGAGGAAGAGCUUUCUUGUGUUUCCAAGGUAAAGAAAUCAAAGAGAAGUUUGAAAUUAGUAAAACCUUCCUCUGAUGCCUUUGCUGCUAGCGUCUUAACGACUCUCAAAUCGACCUCUGUUACUACACAGACACCUACAUCCCCUUCGUUAUCUCAACCUGAUUUGGACUCUUCACAUUCAACUAACUCAUCAGAUGCAGAAUCACCAGUUACCUCUCCCUCUCUGAAACCAUUCCAAUAUACCCUUACAAGCCCUCAUGAAUUAGGUAAUGCUAAAGUUCCAUAUUUGAACAUCAAUAACAUCCACUCACCAAAUACUGAGUCCAGACUGAUAUCAGUCAAGAGUCUUCUCAACUAA